UGAUUCAGUCACCAUCACCACAGGCUACUAAUAUUGUAUCAGCUCAAGGCCUAACAUCCCUCUGCUUCCUUCAUACCUUAUCAAUGACAGACAACACAGCAGAAAAAGGUAUUUCAGAAACACCAAUUUCAGAUGUUGGUAAUUGGACGGAGGAUGGAGAUCGUGUCCAAAUCAAUAUUACCGCUGCUGGGAGAGAGGUAAAGCUGUGCAUGCCAUCCCCUACGAAACCUCUCGAGAUAACCAUCCCAAAGAAGCAGGCUGAUGUAAAAGGGACUGUCGAAAAGCCAACGCCUAUUUCAAAUGUUGGUGAAUGGACGGAGUAUCAAGAUCAUGUCCAAAUCAAUAUUACCGCUGCUGGGAAAGACGUGAAGCUGUGCAUAGACCAACAAACAUCCCCUACGAAACCUCUCGAGAUAACCAUCCCAAAGAAGCAGGCUGAUGUAAAAGUGAAAGGCGAAACCCCAAACGACGGAAGUGACAAACGGACGGGGAAAGUCGGAAGUGACCAACAACAGAAGGGAUCAAAAAGAGAUGAAACUAUGUUAGAAAAUGUAAUGAUCAAGUUGAAGGCGUACAAGGGGAUCGUUAUAACGGCUUUUAUAGCCAUUUCAUUAGGGUAUUUGCUGCGUCGAAAAUUCAAAGUAGCUUGACAUUGAUGGAAGGAGUUGGUGAAUCAAUCGACCUGCAGUGUUUGUUUACGAUGCAUUUAUAUAUUCACUUAUUCAUCUCAGGAUUAUACCCUGGAUAUAUGAUCCACAUAUUCAAGAAAGUGACUUAAUAAGAAUCCCAAUGCACCAA